AUGAGCCGCGCUGAGAGGUUCGAGGAAGAGAAACGGCGCAUUGUCGAGAGCUGCUUCAACAAGAAGGACACAGAUGGUUCAUUGCUCGAGACAUAUAUCACCCACAUUAGGAUCCUGGAAUAUAGCUCCUACCCAUCCCAGCCACCUCCGCCCGAAGCCGUCACCCCUCAGACCGAAAAGCCCCGAGUCAUCAUUGUAGCGGUCCGCAAAUCCGGCCGUGUGCGUAUGCACAAGUCCAAGGAGAACGUGAACGGGACCUUCUCCAUCGGAAAAACAUGGGAUCUCAACGACCUGACUGGCAUCGAGUCCUUCACCUCCAGCACUGUCGACCCGCGGAGGCGGCAAUAUGCGCGAGACACGGGCUUCACAAUCCACAUCGGAAAGCCAUACUUCUGGCAGUGCCAGGCCGACAAGGAGAAGAAGUUCUUCAUUGCCAGCUUGGUCAAGAUAUAUAGCAAAUACACGGGCGGUAGACUUCCCGAGCUGAUUGGCUUCGAUCCUCGCGAAUUGGACCAAGUGCUUGGCUCGCGUCGACCUCCCCCGGGAAGGACACCUCCUGCUGAAGCAGCCUCACAGCGCACAGAACGCCCCGAACGCCCUGAGCGUCCAGGGCUCGCGUCAGGCCAGAGCGACAACUCCAUGUCGAAAACCCCUAUACAGGCAUAUCAGCCCCCUCCUAGACCUCCGGCAUCGCCAGCCAGGAAUCUGGCACCACCAAAUGGGAAGCCCGCGUCGCCAGCCUCUAGUUUGGCAUCUGGUAGAGACCCGAGCCAACCCCCCGCCCUUCGACGCUUAGCUGCCAACAAUCCAAGUCAAGACUCGAUAGCAACCAGGAAGAGCGACGAUGCGAACAGUAUACCGCCGAGAUCUAGGGGCGGCAUGAAUGGCCCAGCCACUUACGGAAGGUUUGGAGACCGUGAUGUGACAGCGACGCCACCUCCACCUCUUCAACCACAGCAGCAACCACCUCCUUCCCAACAACCAAAUUCUCCGGUAGAUCUGCCUGACAGGAGGCGACCGCCCAUGGACCCUGCCAGACCACAAAAUGCUUCCGUGGACAACGAUCUGGUGCCAGCGCCUUUGAUGAGUCCAGGUUUCAGAAAAGACCCGCAGCCACCUCCGACGCAGCCACUGCCAACACAACCCCCGCCGAGGAAUGCAGAGAGGAUGUCACCCCGGAAGUUGUCAGCUCCGCAGAAGCCCGAAAGUCUUCAGAGUGUAUCUCUUGCCACUGCGCUCAACGAAGAAGAGUCUCCCCUCGGGACUCCUGAGCCUACAGUGGCGGCGCCAUCACCUGUGGCUACUCCCAUUAUCAGUGCCGCUGCAACGCCAGCGCCGUUGGAAACCCCGACAGUGCCUCAGGCACCGCCCCUCGACACCGAAGAAAAACCAGGUCUAGGCCCCAUGAUCAAGGCCAAAAAGUCCACUGACCUGGCGGGUACUUUGUGGAAGGCCGCUUCAGCCGCAGCCGCUUUCAAGCCGCGCCCGGGAGGCGCAGGCGAAAGAUUACGGGAACUGACGCGAUCUAACAGCGAUGGGCCGGAAGCCAUGACUGAAGUUGUACCCGCACCGCCCCGGCCAAUUCCCAAGGUGGAACAGCCCCCGCCGGAACCUCCUAAAGCCCCAACCCCCGAGCCGCCCAGAUCUCCUAAGAGAAACUCCAACGUACCCGAGGUCAAGAUCACGGUUCCUAACUCGAGCCGGCCUAGCAGUCUUCAGCCAUCGGUGUCGGAAAAGAGCACAGUCGCCGAGUCCAUCAUCAAGAAGCCUGACGAACUGAUUCUUACAGGCAAUGACGCUAGAUACCUGACUACUCUCGGCAUCGAUACGAGCAUACUCGCUGGUCAGACGGCCGAGUUUACGAAACUGCUCGACCACUUCGGCUGGAUCCCUGGCGAGCAGAUGCGCAGCCGUAACUUCGAAGAGAUGAGGAUGGACGUGGACCGCCAGCUCAACAAAGCCCAAGCCGGAGAUUGGGUUGUGAGGUUUGAGGACGAGGACGAAAGAAUUGAUGCUAUCAAGCGAGGUCUUGACCUUGCCAUCAGUGAAUGCGACGAACUCGACAAUCUCCUAACACUUUAUAGCGUUGAGUUGGGAACUUUGUCCGAAGAUAUUGCCUACAUCGAAGCACAAGGCCAAGGUCUGCAAGUUCAAGCUGCGAACCAAAAGCUUCUGAGGAAAGAGCUGGAGUCUCUCCUUGAUACAUGCGCCAUACAGCGUGAAGAUCUGCGCCCUCUUGAAGUCGCUCCCCUUGACUCCUUGUCAGGAUUGGAAGACAUCGAGUCCACACUUGUCACUUUGUACAAAGCCAUGACCAAGAUUGACCCGACCAUGGAUGGAAUGGAGCCGAGCAAGAGUGAAGAUAUCGGCCUUGGCGAUCAACAAACCGGGUUCAACGCUGAUUACGGUAAAAUGCGCAUUGUGCAGGAAAAGAAGGAAAUGUAUCUCUCAAGCAGUGCGCAGUUCAUUCAACGAUAUAGGAUGUUCAUGGAACAACAGUUUGAUCAAGCAGCACGCGAAGUCAAGAAGAGUCUCGAUGGAGCUCUUUCGAAGAAGGUCGAUCCCAAGCAUCAUGAUGUAGGUCGCGAGCUUCUAUGGCGUUACAAUGCGCUCAUGGUAUAUGCUCGCGACCUCGAUCUAACUGGCUGGAACACGUUCCUUCAAGUCUACCAGGAUAAAAAUCUCCCAGUAUACAGGUCUGAAUUCAGAGAAGUGCUUACCGCGUGGAAGCGCAAUGCCAGGAAACCGACUGGCGAAGAGGCGGACUUGCUGUUCACAGCCCAGGUCGAAAAACAGCAAGAAAGUACCAUGGCGAGGGCAAAAACAAUCACGAUGAAGCGAAGUCAGACACUAGCGAGGAACAUAAGAUCGCCCCUACCAGACAGGGGUAACGUGGAGAAGGGCGAUCGUGUAGUUCCCUACGAGAUUUUCGCUGGUAUCGCUGAUGAUUUGUUGCCCUUGGUGGAGAUGGAACAAAAUUUUAUCAUCGACUUCUUCCAUGCUACCACCUUGGAGACUGCCGACUUCCCUGAUGCAGUCGCUGCUGCUAAGCCGCGAGAACGUCGUCCUGGUGAUCUCAGGCGACGCAGACUCAUGGAACCCGACCGAGACCUUGCCAGAAGGGUAACGCGGGCAAUGGAAGUCAUCUUUGCGUUUUUGGAGGCGGAGUUGCAACAGACCGUGGACUGGGUUCUGUCGCAGGAUCCUUUACAAGGCGUCGGUGUCCUAGCAGUCCUCGAACGCAAACACUCAGACAUAACCCAGUCCAAUCAAGAUUUCCUAAACAAUAUUCUGCAGAAACUCCACAACAGUCUGGAAUCGCGUUUUACCAAAUUCGUGGAUGAACAAAUUCGCGCCAUCGAGGAAACCAAGGUCAAAAUUAAGAAGCGGAAGGGCGUCAUCUCGUUUAUACGCGUGUUUCCACAGUUCUCCGCUGCCAUCGAGAAUAUGAUGGCUACAGCCGAAUACAGCAGCUCUGCUCGCCGGUCCAUCGACCGGGAAUACGACCGUAUAAUCAAAUCAAUGUUUGAGUCGCUCAAGAUCAUCGCUCGCGAAAAUCCAGCAACCCUUACCAAUUCCGGUGCUGAUCCAGAGGAUAAAGAGGCGCUCAACUAUCAUAUUCUUCUGAUUGAGAAUAUGAACCACUUCCUUGAAGAGGUCGACACACACGGUUUAGAAAUUCUCGAGGACUGGAAAAAUGCCGCCAAUGGCGAGAUGAAUGAACACAUGAACCUAUACCUCAAUGCUGUCAUGCGCCGACCUCUCGGUAAACUUUUGGAAUAUCUGGAGAACAUCGAAGCACAGCUCGCUUCCGGGAAGUCACCAAGCACGAUCGCAGCACAGCCAUCCAACUCCAAAGGAACGUUCAACAAGGUGUUGUCGGGCUACGAUGGCCGUGACGCACGAAAGGGUGUCGAGGCGUUGAGGAAAAGAGUUGAGAAACACUUUGGCGAUGAUGAAAACCCUGGCAACACGAGCGGAAGGGCGCUGGUCAACCGGGUUCUCAAUGGGUGUGAGAGAUUUUACGGCGAGGUCGAGGUCAGGAUCUCGACGAUUACGUCCACAGUAUACGGCGGCGAUGUUUCGUAUGAAUGGCCGAGAGGUGAGGUCAAGAGCGCCUUUGCCGGCGGAAAAUAG